UAUAACUUAAAAAAGUGGAUAGACAGUAGGCUUAAUUUACUGCCCUUUAUAUGGUUGCGUUAAGUGCGAAUGCAAGUAUUUCUAAAACUGGAAGAACUUGGCACUUCCGCUGGGUCAAGAGCAAAUUCCACCCAAUUCUUGUGCAUUAGGCAAGCAAAAACCAUCACGCACUCUGGAGUUUGAUACUCGAUCGUGGUGAGGAUGACUACUGUCCGUGUCCUCGUGUUGGCAGUGUUUGCUAGCUGUUGCUGUAAUAUAGCCAUUUCUUGCCCAGAACAAUGUGAGGUUUCGUAUGAUUUUGACGCUGUCAACGUGAUAUGCCGCAGUGCGAGUUUCGUUCGUUUUCCCGGGGAUUGUUUCCCUCGAAAUACUACUUCACUGACGAUACGGUUGACCAACAUUAGCAACGUCACCGCAGACGACUCGGGCGCCAGAGUUACUUUGGACAGAAACAAUCUAAGCAGUCUCCCGGCAAAUCUACUGCAAAACCUCUCUAAACUAAAACUUUUAGACCUUAAAGGUAACAGACUUACACACUUGCCCCCUGGUGUGUUUCACCAUGCACCCCUCCUCGAACUCAUCCUCAGAGACAACCUCAUCUCUGAGGUUCACCCUGACGUGGUCUCCCAUAACACCUCCCUCACCCGGUUAGACCUGUCUGGAAACCAACUCAAACAGCCACCCGUGGCCCUGCUACAGAGACUUGGCCAUCUCGAGAGCCUGGAUCUCCGGAACAACCAGCUAGAGGAGCUUCCCCCCAAAGCUUUGGACUCCCUGCCCAGACUGGAUGCCCUUUACCUGGAGCGCAACCAACUCAAAGCCCUGGAUGUGUUUACUUUUCGGGGGACUCCCCACCUGCAGCAGGUCUUCUUGGGAAAUAACCGUUUGGAGAACCUUCCUGCAGGGCUGUUCCAGCACCUAAGCGAGCUGGUUUUCCUGGACCUCGGUAAUAACCUCCUGCAACGCUUAGCUCCUGGCACACUGGACGGAAGGUAUCACGUCGUUCUCAGGGGCAACCCUUGGCACUGCCAGGCUGAACUGGCAUACCUGCGGCACUGGCUGGGCACACAUGAGGACGAGAGGGUAUUUCUUGCUGAGAAGGCCAAAUGUCAUUCGCCUGACAUUUUGAGAGGGAGAGCCAUCUCCUCACUGACUAAUAGGGAACUGGGCUUAGAGGGCUGAGAGAUUCACAGGCUCUCAGUACGUCAGGUGUUCUUCACACAUCAGACGCGUUGUAUUGGCAUACUGAGAACCAAACCAACCCGAAUGAUCACACCUGCUGUUUUGUUCAACAGGGUUACCACCUGUCAUGUCUUUGCCCCAGAUCUCAGAGAGAGAGAGAGAGAGAUUUACUACUAAAUCGGAUCGACUUCACAAUGUUGCAGCUAUUCAGAGGCAAAGCUCAGAAUAUGUUGUGCAUAAUUCUUAAAUUUGACUGUAUCAUACUGUCGAUUGUGACCUUCAGAUAUGUUUGAUUCUUGAUCUCUGCUUCAUUUUUUUCUGAUUCCUGAACAGUUAUUGAACAGUUUUAGGUUAUUUUUAAUUACAUGAAUUAUGAAUUGUACCUUUAUUAGUAUUUUUUUAUUUGAAAUUUUAAAAUUAGCUGUUUUUUCUUUCUUUCUUGUUUUUUGAUCAAUGCUUUUGGAAGCCCUGCCCAUAUAAACAAAUGCCUUGUUUUGGCACUAGAGGGCAGUGGACUCUUGUAAAAUUCCCUUAGGAGAAAUCAGUAAUUCUCAUACUCCCACCAACAUGGUUUCCAUGGUUAAGAUGUAUAGAUUCAGAAUCUAAUCGUUGGUACUCAAAUCAGUUUUUCUGAGUACCAGUUUCUUCUUUUGUUAUUCCAAAUAUAUAUCUUCAGAGAGAUGUUCUUA